CUUCAAGAUGGCUUCCAAGUUGGACGAAGAAAUGUUUGARAGCUCAGAAAGUGACGAUUCAGACACAGAGUUACAAAAGGCGUUUAUGAGAGGAGAAUUGAAGGUCGGUUUGAAUCGACCAGCGUUUGUACCACGUGCACAAAGACCAAGUAUCAAUAAUGUGGAAGGAAUCAAACAGAAAYUAGAACACAUAACAAAGAAUCUUGAUUGGAUAGAAACAAUGGAUGUCAUAUUUGAUGGAGGUGAAGAGGAGAAAGAAGAAGAAAACAAUAAUACAACUGAAGUCCACGAUGACUUCAAAAGAGAAAUGAGAUUCUAUAAACAAGCACAACAUGCUGUCACAACUGCCAUUCCUAGACUACACAGUCUAGGUGUGAAAACUAAUCGCCCUGAAGACUACUUUGCAGAGAUGGUAAAAACUGAYGAACAUAUGCAGAGGGUGAGGGCCAAAUUAUUAAGUAAACAACAAGGAAUAGAAAGGUCAGACAAGAUGAAAAAAUUAAGAGAAAUGAAGAAGUUUGGAAAAAAGGUACAGCAAGAUGUUUUACAAAAGAGACAAAAAGAGAAAAAAGAAAUGAUUGAAUCAGUCAAAAAAUACAGAAAAGGUAAUAAACAAGCUGCACCAGAGUUCAUGAAGGAUGAUGACUUUGACAUAAAUACAGAAAAAGAAAAGAAAAAGUCUCAAGGAAAGUCCAACAAAAGGAAAGCUAAAGACAAGAAAUUUGGCCAUGGUGGCAAGAAAAGAGGCUUGAAGCACAACACCAAGUCAAGCAGUGCAGAUGUUAGUUCAUUUAAUUCAAGAAAACACAGUAAAGCACCAAGACUAAACCAACCAGGGAAAAAGAGAAAAGCACAAAGACCAGGAAAAUCAAGAAGAAAAAAGAUGAAGAAAUAAUUGUSACUAUAUUCGAUGAUUGAAUUUAUCUACAUAGAUGAGUAUCUAUUAAAUGACAUUCUGCAAACAUCUUAAUUUGUAAAAACAAAAACACAUUUUGUCAUCAUGAGAACUACAAWACACUUGUAAAAUAAUUCUUUAAUUUAAUCCCAUCAAAGUUUUUUGUUAUGCAAAGUUUGUGUGCAAUUGAUGCAAAUAUGGAAUCCAAAAAAGAUAUUGAAACCAUGGAUUAGUAUUGCUUUAAAGAUACUUAAAAAACUCAUACAUAAUUAAUGAGCCACCAGGCCUAGAAUGAGCCUAUUUGGUCACAUGCAUGGACCUUUAUAUCUGAUAAAACACUCCUUAUUAGUAUUCUUUAUAUAA